UUUUUUUAUUUUAUAUUUUUUAUGUUUAUCUCCUAAACAAUUUUGUAGCUAUUAUUAAGAAAAAUAUUAUAUAAAACAAAAAUGGAUUUUCAUUAUGAUUUUGAAGAUGAAAAUAACAUGUCAUUUUUAGAAGAAGAAAAAGAAAAAGAAAUUGAAAAUAAUGAAGUCCCACUCCCUAUAUCAAAACCCAAUGAUGAUAUUGAUUUCGUUCAGCAUUACGAAAAGCUUUUUUCAUUUGAAGAAAAAAAAGAAGAAAUUAUAAAUAAACCCUCUUUGUUUGAUCUUGACAUGAUCCUUAGCCUUGAUGACUCUGAUGUCGAUACAAAUAGUAAAAAGUAUCAAGAAAUAUUGAAUAUUUUAAUAAAUAAAGAAGAAGACCCAGUUUUGGAUGAUGAAUUUUUUGAUACAAUUUUCAAAAGCAAAGACACAACCGGUUUUUUAAAUGGACGUGAUAAAGAUGUUGAAUUCGAAUACCCAGACGAAUCAUAUGAUAAUGAAAAUUUUUAUGACAGUCUUUAAAGGAAAAAAAUUAUAAAAAAUAAAGUUUUUUAUGUUUUGUUAAAUUAUUUAAUCU